CUCUCUUAUUCAACGACAGUCCUGCCAUGCCCGGGACCCUCCGUGGCCGCCGAGUGCUACCCCCGAUCCACUCACACUCACACUCACACUCUAUACAUCACAUACCCCAAUGGGAAGGACGAAAUUGGCUUCCCAUCUGAGUGGUUUCGUUGGAUGGCCCGCCCCUCUCUUCCGAAGUACUGUGUAAACAGCCAUCACCGUGCGGGCUUCCGACGGGAUGGGAACGGGAGUACUUCAAAUUCGGUACCGGGAACCCUGCCUGCCAGUCAUAGCUUCGCCGCCGCGCCGCCCACGACAUGGACUAAGGCUGGAUUGAGGUCUGGUACACUUUGGGAGCCUGGGAGGAGGGAGAGUGAGGGAGUAACUGCGGGCAGGGUUUGCAGGGCUUAUUGCUUUGGGCUUCCGGUACGUAGCCAUGCAGCAUGCAGGUUGCUGGUCGUGGUCUUCCUCGCAGCUGGCUUGCAUUUCGAGACGAAGAGAAUGGCAGGGGGCUUGAGUUAGGGAUUUGAGUGGCUGGCUCUAGCUCAGAGAACUCAGCUUUAGCACGUUGCUCGCUGCUUGUGUCUCCGACGUCUCGACACUUCGAGUCGCAUUUCCACUAGGAAGAGUUGUUUAACUUCCUCG